UUUCGAUAUAAGUGCGACAGCGACGGGGUAGGCUUAAUGCUAAUUUCUUAAGAAAAACCGGGUGUAUUUUCCGGCAUUUGUUUGUGUGAUUGGUGGUACAUGAUUAUGUGUUUUCCAUUUUUAUAUGUGAAUAAUUUAUGAUAGUUUUCGCAUAGAAAAUUAUACUUAUAGACUGAGUUACAACACACAAUGUCUCUAAUCUCGUAUGUGAUUUGCGCUUUUCUGCUGUUGACACCUAUAAGAGCUUUUUAUUUACCAGGAUUAGCUCCUGUAAACUAUUGUAAAGCUGGUGAAGACAAUGGCAAAUCUUGUAAAAAUGAGAUUCCACUAUAUGUAAACAGGUUGAAUACAGAAGAAUCAGUAAUACCAUUUGAAUAUCAUCACUUUGAUUUCUGUCUGUCUGAUGAGACUCAAUCACCGGUCGAGAACCUUGGUCAAGUAGUUUUUGGUGAAAGAAUAAGACCAAGUCCGUACAAGUUGAACUUUCUCCAUGAUGAGACCUGUAAGGCAGUGUGUACUAAAGUCUACAAAGGCAGCGACCCUGAAUCAAUUAAGAAGUUGAACCUACUUAAAAUGGGAAUGGCACUUUACUAUCAACACCAUUGGAUUCUAGACAACAUGCCCGUUACUUGGUGUUACCUUGUGAGUGAUGGAGGGAAAACAUAUUGCAGCACUGGAUUCCCCAUGGGUUGUCAAGUCAGGAAAGAUUUGGAUACAUGCACACCCAUAGUGAAUACGGCAUCAAGCCCCUUCGGCACGUACUACUUGUUUAAUCAUGUGGAUCUUGAGAUCACUUACCACAGUGGAGGUGAAGAAGAGUGGGGUGUUGGUUUUGGAGACAAUGGUGGACGAAUCAUAUCGGCUAAGGUGAAACCAGCUAGCAUUAAACAUCGUAACGCAGAUAACCCCGACUGCAACGUCCGCAAUAGUCCUCUUGAAAUACCGAACACACUCACCAGUAGCGAAACGUUCAGCAUUACGUACUCCUAUCGCGUAACGUACAUCAAGAACAAUACGAUCAAAUGGUCGUCGAGAUGGGACUACAUUCUAGAAUCCAUGCCCCAGACGAAUAUCCAGUGGUUUUCGAUUUUGAACUCACUCGUGAUAGUACUGUUCCUCAGCGGCAUGGUGGCGAUGAUUUUGUUGAGGACCCUACACAAAGAUAUCGCCAGAUACAAUCAAAUGGAGUGCGGAGAAGACGCCCAGGAGGAGUUUGGUUGGAAACUUGUGCACGGAGACGUGUUCCGGCCGCCCCGGCGCGGCAUGCUACUGGCCGUGUUCCUUGGAUCUGGCUCGCAGGUGUUCGGGAUGACGCUGGUGACGCUGGCCUUCGCGUGCCUGGGCUUCCUGUCGCCGGCCAACCGCGGCGCGCUGAUGACGUGCGCGCUGGUGGCGUGGGUGCUGCUCGGCGCCGCCGCCGGGUACGUCAGCGCGCGCGUCUACAAGAGCUUCGGUGGCCGACGCUGGAAGAGCAACAUCCUGCUCACCUCCAUGGUCUGUCCGGGAGUCGUGUUCUCGCUGUUCUUCAUAAUGAAUCUGGUGCUGUGGGGCAAAGGCUCUUCAGCUGCGGUACCAUUCUCUACCCUGGUGGCUCUGCUAGCGCUCUGGUUCGGCGUGUCGGUACCACUAACGUUUAUCGGAGCUUACUUCGGAUUUAGGAAGAGGAUCCUGGAGCACCCCGUGCGCACGAACCAGAUCCCGCGGCAGAUCCCCGAGCAGUCGCUGUACACGCAACCCGUGCCCGGCAUCGUCAUGGGCGGAGUGCUGCCCUUCGGUUGCAUCUUCAUACAGUUGUUCUUCAUCCUCAACUCGCUCUGGUCCAGCCAGAUGUACUACAUGUUCGGUUUCCUGUUCCUCGUGUUUGUGAUCCUGGUGAUCACGUGCUCCGAGACCACGAUCCUGCUCUGCUAUUUCCACCUGUGCGCUGAGGAUUACCACUGGUGGUGGCGCGCCUUCCUCAGUUCGGGCUCGACCGCCGGCUACCUGUUCAUUUACUGCUGCCAUUACUUCGUGACCAAAUUGAACAUCGACGACGCCGCUUCGACCUUCCUCUAUUUUGGCUACACUUUCAUAAUGGUCUUUUUGUUCUUCUUACUGACGGGAACGAUCGGUUUUAUGGCCUGCUUCUGGUUUGUGAGGAAAAUAUACAGUGUAGUCAAAGUCGAUUAAAUGUUUUUUAGUGAUUUAGUAUAAGAACGAUUACGUUGGUACAGCGGUGAUGUUUGCGGAGAAUGUUUGUUUAGAUGGCAUUUUUAUAAUUCAUACGUCGCGCCACAUGAACGGCGUUUUAAUAAAACUACUUUAUAUUAAUUACUUUUUGAAUGAGGCAGGCAGCACUAAAUAAAUGUAAUAAAACGAGGAGAUGA